CGUGGACACUCCAUAACUCAUCACAAUCUCGAUUUUCAUUCAUUCUUUCUCUCUCGACUCUUCGUGGUGCAGUUCUUCAUCCGCUCAGGUUAAAACCCUAACCCUAUCUCCAUGGACGCCGUCGAUUCAACCCCUCCCCUCCCUCCCCUCCCUCCCUACGACCCAUCUCAACAAGACCACGCGCCGCCAGAGUACCAUCAGUCAGAAACCGCCCAAAACGGCACCAACUAUGGAAAGCCUUCGGAGAACGGCGACAACAACAACAGCGGUUCGCAUCCUUCGAUUCCGAAGCCCCUGCUAUCCGAUAACGGCUUCACGGGGAGCGGCACCGACAAGGACCAGUCUGGCGGCGAGGAGGAGACCACCAGCAAGCGCCGCCGCCGCAGCCGGUGGGACCCGCAGCCGGAGUCCAACGACCAGAGCGGCGGCGAAUCGGGGACUGGGCCGAAGAAGAGGAAGUCUCGUUGGGCCGACGACGACCCCAAACCGGUGAUUCAGCUUCCUGAUUUCAUGGGAGGUAUCGAAUUCGAUCCCGAGAUUCAAGCUUUGAAUAGUAGGCUUCUUGAGAUCAGUCGAAUGUUACAGUCUGGUUUGCCCUUAGACGAUCGUCCUGAAGGUGCACGAUCUCCUUCGCCUGAACCUAUAUAUGAUAACAUGGGUAUUAGAAUUAACACUAGGGAAUAUCGUGCGCGUGAGAGGUUGCAGAAAGAGAGGCAAGAAAUUAUAUCUCAGAUUAUAAAGAAGAACCCUGCGUUUAAGCCACCUGCGGAUUAUAGACCGCCCAAGCUUCAGAAGAAGCUUUAUAUUCCGAUGAAGGAAUACCCUGGUUACAAUUUCAUAGGGCUUAUUAUUGGUCCACGAGGUAACACCCAGAAGCGAAUGGAGAAGGAAACCGGGGCUAAGAUUGUGAUCCGUGGUAAAGGUUCGGUGAAAGAGGGGAGGUUACAGCAGAAGAGGGAUUUGAAGCCUGACCCUUCGGAGAAUGAGGAUUUGCAUGUUUUGGUGGAGGCGGAGACGCCGGAGUCGCUUGAAGCUGCUGCGGGUAUGGUGGAGAAGCUCUUGCAGCCUGUGGAUGAGGUUUUAAAUGAGCACAAGAGGCAACAGCUUAGGGAACUUGCUGCGUUGAAUGGGACUAUCAGGGAUGAGGAGUAUUGUAGGUUGUGUGGUGAGCCUGGUCAUAGGCAAUACGCGUGUCCUACCAGGACUUCAACUUUUAAGAGUGAAGUUGUUUGUAAGCAUUGUGGGGAUGGUGGUCAUCCAAGCAUUGAUUGUCCGGUGAAGGGUGCUACUGGGAAGAAGAUGGAUGAUGAGUAUCAGAAUUUCUUAGCAGAGUUGGGAGGUUCGGUUCCUGAAUCUGCGACGAAGCAAAGCAGUACGUUGGCGAUUGGUGCAGGCACUUCCGGAAGCAAUCCUCCUUGGGCUAACAAUGCUGGUACUGCUGGUGGUGCGCCUCAAGCUGGCUUAGGGGCUGCUGCAGUUAAAAAGGAAAUCGAUGAUACGAAUUUGUACAUCGGUUAUUUGCCACCCACUCUUGAUGAUGAUGGCCUGAUCCAAUUGUUUCAACAAUUUGGUGAGAUUGUUAUGGCAAAAGUUAUCAAGGAUCGGAUGUCGGGUUUAAGUAAAGGAUAUGGUUUUGUGAAGUAUGCCGAUAUAACAAUGGCAAAUAAUGCAAUCUUGGCCAUGAAUGGUUAUCGCCUUGAGGGUCGAACCAUUGCAGUGAGAGUUGCUGGUAAGCCUCCUCAGCCUGUUGUACCUCCCGGCCCACCAGCAUCUGCUGUGCCCACUUAUCCUGUUCCAAGUCAGCCACUUGGGGCAUAUCCAUCCCAACAGUAUGCUGCCGGUGGCCCACUUGGGAGUGCUCCUCCUGGGAGUUAUGGUGGUACUCCGGUGCCAUGGGGACCCCCUGUUCCUCCUCCAUAUGCUCCUUAUGCUCCUCCUCCACCUGGGUCAACUAUGUACCCUCCUAUGCAAGGUCAACCUAUGCCUCCUUAUGGGGUUCAAUAUCCUCCCCCUGUGCAGACUGGCCCCCCUGGUGCCCCAUCCCAGCCUGCAACUUCUAGUGAAAUGCAUCCUAGUUAUCCUCCCGGAGUGCAGUCCGACAAUAGUACCUCAACUCAGUCUGUACCACCAGUCAAUGUAUAUGGUAACUCGGUACCUUCAAUGCCACCUGCAGCUCAACCUACAUAUCCUCCAUCUUAUGGAUAUCCACCUUACUAUAAUGCAGUUCCUCCACCACCUCCCCCUCCUGCCCCCGUUCCUGUCUCAACAUCAGACCAAUCCCACAACAUUGCAAAUGUGCCUUGGGCCAGUAACCCUUUAGUGUUACCGCCUGCAUCUUCUGUAGAGAAGACAACAUAUGGUGCAGAUCAAUCCCAGAGCAUUGCUAAUGUGCCUAGGGCUACUAAUCCACCAGUGCCAUCUCCUGCAUCAUCAGCCGAGAAGACUUCAUAUGCUGCUGAUUCAGAGUAUGAGAAGUUCAUGGCAGAGAUGAAGUAAUUUUGUUCAAUAAUGAUUCGGAGCUCCAAAAGGCCUGAUGUUUCUUGGAGCUCUUGUGAACCUGAUUUCUUAACCUCUUGCCAUGUCUUUCUUGGAAGUUUGGGACUCACUUCUUUAACCUUGCUGUACUGUUAUGAAAUUUGCAGAGAUUCGGGCUAGAAGUUGAUAGCGGUCUUCAUACGGCAGAAGGCAAAAUCAUAUUAUAGUUGUGAUUAUUAUUAAUCAUUUCUUGUCAUGUAGGACUUAAUACUGUCUGAAUUAUUUUUUCUGUGGCAUUUUUUUUGAUUUACACAGUAUUAGUAAUGUUUGGUUGCUAAUGUUUCCUUUUGAAAGUUUGUUUGAACUUUUAUGGCAGCUGGUUCCUGGUGUUUCACAUUGAUACUUUUCUUGUCAGUUUUGGUUGUUUUAGACUCUUAAUUCCUUCAGAAACUGAUUCUAACUUACUCAUAGUUUUGGUGAUGAGCUUAAAUUUGUUUGUUUGUUUGAGGAUUCUAGUUCUUUUAAUCGCUUGGUGCUGAAGCUGCCUUUUAGAUGCCUUUAGUCAUCAAACAUCUCAUCAUGAAGGUAAUCAAGCCUUGCUAUUUGCUGUAGGCAUUCUGGGUUUGGUAAAAAGAGAUUUUUUUAAUGGUUUGAUCAUGCAACUUUAAAAUGCAUUUAACAGUUCCAGUGUGACAGGUAAAAGAGUUGAAACUUUUUUCUGUUACUGGCAUUAUAAAUGUCAGAUGGUGGCAUUUUUACCUUUUGCCGCAAAUUAAAAGUUUAGCUGACAUGGUGUUAUGAACACCAAAGUUCUUGUAUCAUGAUACAGGCAAUUAUCAAGUUUCUCAUUUGUUUCUGAAGUGAUCAUGUGGUCGAGUUGACACGGCCAAUGUUAUUUGGCAUAAGGUGAAGGCUGAGGUGAAAAUGAUUGUUGAUAGUGUUUGACUUGUCUGCACAUGCUUCGUUUAGCCGUGUUGCUGGGCGAAGAUAGAGUAAAUGAUCAAAGAAUUGGAGUUGUAGACAAUUUUUCUAUAUUUUUCCUGCUUUAUAUUUGCUUUUUUGAUUUUAAACUGCUUUGUAUUGUCACUAGGGAUACAUAAAGUUUUCGAAUUCAUCUUGCAAUAUUAGGUCAUGGUCAUCAAUUCCACGAGUCUUUUAUA